AUGAACAAAAAAACUGAAAGGUCAUUAAAUAUUCUCCUUAAUGAUUUCCUAAGAUUGACACACACUUUCUCAUUGAAGCAUUCUCCAGAAUCUUUGGAUGAAACCAUCAGUAUAUUGAUUGACGUGUCACGUUGUGAAACCCAUAAUGCUCAGGGUAUAUUUGUUGGACGGCAUGGACCUGCAACAGUGACAGCUUUAUCAUACAAUGCCUAUGUUGCACUUCAGUCUAUAUGUAACCCUAUUCAUGGCAAAGUUAGAAAAAUCAUUGCUAUUAUUAUGAAACACAUUUUGAAUAACAUUCUCAUGAUAUCACGUGGAUCAUCAGAUUUAUCUGCUCGUUCCUUAGGAGUCAUUCGAGACCAUUCACAAAUUUUUAUAAAAUACAUGUUGACCCAAAUAAAAGAAGAGGCUCAUGAAGGCGUAUACAUUCUCAUUCAACACCUCUGUAUCCGUGUUCCUGAUAAGGCAGAAUUCCGGCAAAAAACAGCUCAGUCAGUAGUGGAAAUUCUGCGUUAUCUUCCCACUCAGCUUUACAAACGUCUUAUGAAGUGGUUUUUCAAAUUCUCUCACAAUGAGAAAGCAGGGCAUAGGUUGUUCAUGCUUGAAGUGAUUUCUAAGAUGCUGGGAGAGGAGGAACGGCAUGCUGAAGGAGCUGAUGGCACACCUAGAGAAGGAGUACAGGAAAAUCUUCAUAGGUCAAAGCUAAAGUCAGUUUCAGAAAAUGGUGAAGGUGAGGGAAAAGAUAAAGAAAUUAGUUUCCUUACUGUUUCUGUAGAUCAUCCAGUUGAAGUUCCUCCAGAUCGUAAUAUUCUGUCUCACAAAUUUUUGUUGAGCAUUAUUUUCUCUAGAUGUCGUGACAAUGCUGCAUCUGUACGGUCGAAGGCUCUUGCCUUACUGGCUGAUUGUACCUUUUCCACUAAUCCUACUAUAGUGCUAGCCAUGAAACAAAUUUUCUUCCGUAGUCGGCCAAUGAUAUUCACAACACCACACAUUCCAAAUAAUAACAUAAACCUUGAGUCACCACUUGCGCUUGAGGAAGAUGGAGACCUUGAACUUCCCAACGCAGCAAGAGUUGUGUCAAUGUUGCAUAGACGAGCACUGGAUGAUAAAGUGACAGUUCGGAAGUCUGCUCUCCAAGUGUUGGAGAAUCUAAUGCGCCUAGACAAUGAGAUGUUGUCUGAGAAGAACUUGGAGGUGUUGGCAGAGCACUGUCGGGACCCAGCACUGGUUGUAAGGAAACAGAUAAUUACAUCUUUAUCAACUCUGGUGAAUAAUUACCCUGAGCAUGAUGCUGUUAUCACAACUUGGAUAAAGGGAGUCUUACCUCUUAUCCUUGAUCCUGAGAUAAAAGUUCAAGAACGUGUUGUAGAGGUAAAUUUAUUCUUUUUACUUGAAAUCUGCUAUAGACACCCCAAAACACACCUGAGAAAAAACUUUUCCCUUUGGGGGAUACUUAGUGUCAUCACAAAACAUAGCUACCACAAGUUUUAAAAAGCUCUACAUGUUUGGUCCAAAUCAGUUUAUUUAAGGCCUCAGAUAAUAACUGUAGCACGAUCUCACAUUGGCAAGGAAUAUAAUGAGGAGGCAUGGACAUUGCUGGCACUGAUUUCAAAUUAUGUCACUGUGAAGGAUGCUACUUUUGCUGUGGACUACUUUGAAGAACACUGUCAAGUCAAUUCAGAGGUAGGAUCAUACACUCUUCUACAAGUAUUAAAAGUGUUAAGCAACAGUAUCAAGCAUAUACCUGGGAAUCGUGCAGAAGCCUUACAAGAACAACUUUUGGCACCUAUCACAAAUUUCUCUGUUGGUGCAGAGCUCAUAUCCCAUAUGAUGGAUACUAUAACACUUCUCAGCUACAGUCUUCAUGGUGAUGAUGCAGAAGGUCAGAAAGCCAUUGAGAAAUGGGCAGCACCAAUUCUGAAGACUUGUGAUGAACAUCUUAAGUAUGUUUUAUUUGAGAAUUCUGGACCACUGGACAGUAUUGGAGAAGAGAAACUUUUUAGGCAUUUGUUCACCUUGGGAGAAGCAUCUAUGUUGUGCCCACAAAAAGUCAACAAGAGGAUGUUCCUUAUGCUUCAAAGUAUAAUUUUUCACCAGCCUGGAGAUAAGUCUACCCCCACAACUAUUCCUUCCUCACAGACGCAGAGCUCCCAACCCACCACAAUUACCUUUACUCCCUCCAUGAGAGUCAAGGCUCUAGCUGUGGUUACAUUAGGCAAGAUGUGCUUGCAACAUGAGGAUCAAGCAAAGCGCAUCAUUCCUGCUUUGGGAAGAAUGCUAGACACAACUAAAUAUUCAGCUCUCAGGAUAAACAUUGUCUUCACCUUGUCAGAUAUGUGUGUCAGGUAUGCAACUUUAGUAGAUCCUCUGAUGCCUCAGGUUACAGCUUGCCUUCGUGAUCCAGAUAUUAAAGUUCGCCGUACUACAUUGACCCUCCUCAUCAACCUAUUACAAGAGGAUUACCUUAAACUGAAAGGAUCAUUCUUUUACAGAAUUUUACAGUGUCUAACAGAUGAUCAUGAGGACAUACGUAGCACAGUUGUUUUCUAUGUAACAGAACGAUUGCUGAAACGCUUCCCAAAAAUUCUGAGUCAGCACUUUAUUGAAUGUAUUUUCCACUACAACUGUUAUGAGGAGCAUGAAACUUACAACAAGUUUACACAGAGCAAAAUGGAAAAAGAAUUGUUCUCCCUUGCAGGCAAAGAACAGUCAGAAGAUCGCCACAUGAUAUACCGUUUUAUGCUGGAUCACAUGACAGAUGACCAGCGUUUUAAUACCACCCAGCGACUUUGCCAAGAUGUUCUUGGUGGAGUGGUCGAUGGUCGUAUUAAAUUAACGCCAGACAGCCUGCCCAUGUUACAAGAUACGCUCUCAGUCCUCAGCAGUGAUGAGAUCAAACUUGCUUCAUUAAAAUCCAGACCAGAAGAUGUUGAUCAGCCCACAGACCAGGCAGAACAAGCAGCUAUGGCAGGAAUGGUCAUAAAGAAGACUAUCAUUUCUCAGGUUAGUUUCUUUAAGGUUUUAGAUUUCAAGCUCAUCUUUUUAGGGUAAUGUUAAAUAGUUGUA